CUUCUCUUUAGUCCCUGCAUCUGGUGAAGCCAAUAUGGAAUUGGGGUACCAGGAAUGUUCGUGGCCUGAGCAAUGGUGUGGCCCCGGGGGGCAGUCAGAAGAGCUGGACCCUGCUGCAGUUCCUGAGCGAUCAAUUCUCCGACGUGACGUUCCUGAGGGAGUACCUGCACCGAAGGCAGAUGGCAAAUGUGCUCAAGAAAAAUAGAUCCUUCACCCAUCUCAAGAAACGCUACGGCCCAGACAUCGCUGGCGCCUAUUUCAUCCUGCAUCAGGGAGGCUCAGUCAAGUUCCAGGGCCAUGAUUGGUUGGACUCAAAAGGGUCUGGUCACUCUGACAUCAGAAAGUUCCAGGACAUCCAUGUGGAGGCUGUGGAUGUCAGUGGCUGUGACAUCAACUACCAAGGCCUGGACAACCUCAUGAACCUACGGGCUCUCCAGUCCCUUUGGCUACAGCGCUGUCCCUACAUCGAUGACUGGUGUCUCAGCCGCCUUUAUCAGCUGGCCAACUCACUGCAGGAACUCUCGCUGGCUGGGUGCCCCCAUGUCUCUGAACGGGGCCUGGCCUGCCUCCACCACCUCCAGAACCUCCGCUGGCUCGACAUCUCAGACCUCCCUGCUGUGUCCAACCCAGGCCUCACACAGAUCCUGGUGGAGGAAAUGCUGCCCAACUGCAAGGUGGUGGGAACUGGCUGGGAUCAGGGGCCUUCUGGAAGCACCACCAGCCCCUCUCCUACCUGUCCUUCAGCCCUCUCCCCCUCUAGCUAGGUCUCAGCCAGAAUGCAGAUGUGGACAGGCAGAAAGGUUGCAGGACUUGUGGAAGGUUGAAGCACGCUGGUAUCAACAGUGCCCAACCUGGCCUUUCCCUGAGUUCUGGCUCCAGUUGGGUUCACUGAGCCUCUGGUUCAGUUGGUAAAGGGCUGUAGAGGAGGGAAAGCCCAGCCCAAACCCCAUGGGCUGUCUGCUCCCACCACAGCCAUCGAAGUUCAGGGCUCCGGGCCCUGCCCUGCCGCCAGCAGCUCCUUCCACUCAUGCUUCUUCCCGCCUCUUCUUCUCCAGCCUCCUAGGUCUGGAGUGAGGGACCCUGGCUAUUACGGAGCCCUCAGAGCUGCAGUUUUCCCUACUCUGUAUGCUACUAGGUCAAGUGACUUGACCACCCUGUUGGGCCUGUGCGGAGGGUAUCUUCCCAUGCAGGGCUGCUCAAACUGGGCACCCCAAGAUCCACGCUGUUCCCUCUUACUGAUGGACUCCAUUUGGCUCCAAGUGCAACUUCCUGGUCUGCUCUGAAAAUUGAUCUGGAUUCUUCUAUGCCAAGUGGCAUGGCUAGCUGCCAGCAGAGGGUGCCAGGAGGCAAAACUUCAUGGUGCCAAACAGCUGAGCCAGUGCUUGCUCAGGGCCACAGGAAUGCAGUGGCCCAGAGCUGCCCCUGGAACCUGAACGAGGCCCCUUACCAUUGGAUCCUUGUUACUUCAAUUUGCUGAUAAUGUUGAUUAAUUAGGUGUAUUAAACUUGCCCUGUUGAAGUUCC